CAAGUUGUAAAUUGGUGCACUUGCGUUUGGCUCUGAGAUGAGAAGAACUUGAUAAUUGGCGAUUUUCAAGGGUGCCCAAUAACAAAAGCGGAAGGGACUUUACUUAUUCGAUAUAAAUCCGAGGAUAGAACUUUGCCAUCCACACAUCACAGCCUCAUCAAUCAACCACAGUGCCGUUAAAAGUUGCACGUCAUCAUGCAGCCCCUGAGUGUCGUUAUUGGAGUAUUUGUUGUGCUGACGAUCACUGUUCUGUACACCGAAGGUAAACGAGUGGGUGACACACUUGCUAACAAACCGAGACGUGAAGUCGCUCUACCCCCAUUCAACAGCAGGUUUGGCGGAAUAGGUGACGCACCCGCUAACGGACAGGACUUUAGACAGGAUGACGUUUGGCCACCACGGAGAGGCAGGUUUGGCGGAAUAGGUGACGCCCCUGCUAACGGACAGGACUUUAGACAGGAUGACGUUUGGCCACCACGGAGAGGCAGGUUUGGCGGAAUAGGUGACGCCCCUGCUAACGGACAGGACUUUAGACAGGAUGACGUUUGGCCACCACGGAGAGGCAGGUUUGGCGGAAUAGGUGACGCACCCGCUAACGGACAGGACUUUAGACAGGAUUAUGUUUGGCCACCAUCGAGAGGCAGGUUUGGCGGGAUGGGUGACGAACCAAAGAAAGCAUUCGCCAUAAAAUAAUAACAAGCUGCAAAAUUUACAUAGAAAUAUCUAUAGAUCAGAGGCGUUGGGAAAGCAUUCAGAUCGUUAACAGCAUUCAAAAUAAUAUGGAGCAUUGUGGAUCAUCCACUUUAGACACCUUGUUUGUAGAUUUGUCAUCAAUAAAAAAUCAUAUAAUGGGACAAUGAAA